AGUAGUGAAAAGUAUUCUAUUGACAGCUGUCAACUUGUAAAACAUUCUAGGGACUAUUUUCUCUGCAUAUCUAGUAUGAAUUUUUUAUGUAAUCAUUUUAGAAAUUUGAAUAAUUUAAGGACAAAAAUAACAGAUUAUUUGUACUAAUUUAAUAUAGAAUACUGUAGUGACCGAAAAUGGUAAAGAUAUGUAUAAAUAUCUACCAAGAAAUAGUUUAUGCUUCAUUAACAUUAGACAUUAUUUAAAAAGUAUUAUGGACUUUUUUUGAUUUAUAGAAUUAUUGAAACUUUUAGUUUUUGCUAUUUUAUGGGUAGUAUAUAAGUUUUAAUCUCUUUUUUAAACACAAUACAUCAUAAAAUAUUUUAUUGUUAUUUAUUUUCAACAAAGAUAAAUUCUACGUUACAGUUUCAUUAAAAAAAUAAACAGAUUGUUGUAGUGUUUGUGAAAUAUAUUCAAAUUUAUAAAAUUUAAAUACAUUCCAUAAACUAAUGUUAAUUAUGAAUACACUACUCAUUUUUACCGCAUUUUUACGAAAAAUUUGCUAUCUAUGCGAUAUCUUUUCACAUGAAGCAUGGCGAGCUCGGACAUUUUGUAUUUAAUUCCUCUACAGCUGCAGAUGUACCGAAAUGAAAAAAAACUUUGGGCAUUAUUAGAUGAACGUGUAUUUGGCCUUCACCUUACCAUGCUGUCACUACGCCUAUGUUGUCUUCAACAGGUAUCUUCUCCGUUUUAAAGUUCCUUAACGUUCGUUACGUGGAAACCUCCAAUUUCUUGACUCAGUCGGUUUGGUUUCACGUUCAAUGAACUUACUAAAUUACGUUAAGUAAAAAUAAUGUUGCAGAACGGUAGUAAAAACUAAAUAAACUAAAUAUAAAAAAAUAAUAAAAAGGAAGAUUUUGUUGUAAUUCGUCUGUAAUUAAAAAGUGUAGUUAAAUAUGCGAUAUACCGAUAACGACUGUGGCAUUGUUUCUUAUCAAACAUUACGUGGAUUUGCAAAUAAACUUAGUUCGUAUUUGAAUAUGAGAAACAAUGAGGUAAAUAGGGCGAAGAAAAGUGUGGCGUGGGCUUACGUGUGUUGGUUUUUUGGUGGAAUUCUAGGACUCCAUCUGUUUUAUUUGGAAAGGGACGCCCAUGCCUUUCUUACGUGGAGUACUUUUGGAGGAUACGGACUGGGGUGGUUAGCAGACAUCACGAAAAUACCAAGAUAUGUCAGAGAUUGCAAUGAUGACCCGAAAUUCUUGGGCGAACUCGGGGACAGGAUGAGAAAGAAUCGAAAGCCACCAUUCUCGACAAGUAGAUUCAUAUCUGCUGUUAUGGUUGGUUAUCUUUGGGGACAAUUAGUUCUAUUAGCCAUUCCUGAAGAUGAAGCUGGAGGGAUUAACUGGAAACCACUCUUCCAUUGGUUUAUUCCAUUAGGAGUUGCAUUAGGUGUUUGGGUGGUUGGAAACAUAGGCAGGGAACAAGGUAAACCUUGGAUUACUAUAGGGGUAUCUUACGCGACUUACAUAAGCAGGUGGUAUUUUAUGGAUGAAAGCACAUGGCUUAGCAUAAUGGUAUUUUGUUCUGGUUUGGCUUUCGACCAAUUCUCGAAAGAAUGGAGAAGGACGCCAAAAAAGAAAAGAUCAUUUGCUAGAAGAGUUACUGUUUUGUUUCUAUGUGCAGUUGUAUAUUGUGCACUUUGGAGCUCAUAUUUUUAUUUUAAUGGAAAGAUAACUGAUUCCAAUGGAGACGAGAUUCCAGUUCAUGAAGCGUUACAUCAUUUUUUCACUUCGCCUUGGUGGACAGAUUUAAAACAAUCUUUACAUGAUAUAUAUGUUUACGCGCAACAUCAUGGAUGGUACGAAAUAUGGAGACAAAUAAUUGAUCUUUCCGAUCCGCAGGGAGAACAAAACGCCUACAAAGUGUUAGGUGUAGGUCCAACUUCUAGUCAAUCAGAAAUAACUUUGAGAUGGAGAGCUUUAAGCAGGGAGUUUCAUCCAGAUAAAGUAAAAGAUCCCCAAAAACAAAAAGAAGCACAAGAAAAAUUCAUGGAUAUACAACAAGCAUAUGAAAUUUUAUCUAACAUCAAAAAUAAAAGGAAAAGAAGAAAUAAAAAAUCAGUUGAUGAUACAUAGAAUAUAUUUUUGGUAUGGCGUUUUUAGGUUUAUUUUUUUUAUGAUAUGUUUGUAUUUUCUUCAAAUAUUUUAACGAAUUAAUAAAAUCUGCACAAGUUAUUAGUGAA